CGCGCAGCUGAUAUUGAUUGCGGGACUUUGUUUAUGUAAUAGUAGUAAAUUUUUAAUCAUUUCCGCGAUGCUUCGUAAAGUGGUCAUUGGUUCUGGACUAGUCGCCUUGAUACCUACUGUAAAUGCUGCAUCUCCUAUUCAGGAGGCUAAAGAGCCCCAACGUCCACCACCAAUGAAACCAUCAGAGCUGCCACUAUAUGAUGCACCCCAUGCCGAAUAUGGAGACCUUGUAGAAUGCAAAUCCAAUGAGAUUAAAAAAAGUUAUUUGAGAUCUAUCUUACAGCCUCCUGUAACUGCAAUUAGAGAAACCUUUGAGACUGGUGUAACUCACACAUCAUCUCUUAAACAUAGAAUUGAGGACAGCUAUCAUGAAACUAUUGAUAAAACAGAUUGGGUAGUGCAGUAUCUGCGAGAAGAGGAAAACAAACAGACCAGAUAUGGGGCUGUUGCAAUAGGAGGACUUACUGGAUUCAUCUUUGGCCUGAGGGGUGGCUUUAUUAAAAGAGUAUUCUAUGCCACUCUUGGCACAACAGCCAUGGGCUAUGUUUGCUUCCCUGAAGAAACAAAGCAAAUAAUGAACGAAAAUGGUACACUAGCAAAACAAUAUAUUAAUAUUGCCUACAACUUCUUAUAUGGAGUUAAACCAGGAGAUCCACAAUUGGAGGUGAAAUUACCUGAACUGUCCUUCCCCAAGGACUUUUCAGAGUUAGUUGAUGUGGCUGUUUCUCUUGCAUCUACUGUAAAGCAGGCCGUUAUGCCACCACCAUCUAAAGAGUCAGAGAAAAAGGAAUAGAUGGUGACAUACAUCCUGAUAUUGAAUAUUGUCAGCAUGGGGCAAAUACCUAAUGUCUUACAUUGAUUCUAUUGCAGUGAAAAUAAUUGCAAUUUAGGUUCUGUUAUCAAUAUUUACUAAAUGUAUAAAUUGUAAAAACAAGAAUGAUGAAAUAUAUGUUUAUUAUUCAAGAA